AUAUACAGUUUUGUAAGACAAUGCACUAGUUAUACGCUCAAAUGCAAUCACUACUCGAGUUUUAAGUAUAAUUCGUGUCCAAUAUGUAUGUCGUCUAAGUAGAACAAUCGUUUAGUGCAGCCGAAAGACAAAUAUGAUAAUUAUUAACGUGCAAAAUAUUAUUAUAAACAUUACAAUUGGUUGAAACAUUUACGGUCAAUUCUUGUCGUAAUCAUACGUUUUUGCAAUUGAACUGCGUGUAUUUAUAUAUAAUAUGUAUAUUGACAUGGAAAUAUAAAAAGCGUAUGCAAUUGAAGACAACUGGCCAGUUUAGGUAAGUCAAUUGAAAACUGACAACAUGCGAUUCGAAAUAAAUAUUUGUCUUCUGUCGGUAUUGUCGAUUAUUACCCAGAUAUCUGACUCAAGUCAGUCUGCCACAAAUGGUUUACAGACUACGGACUUGGAUCAACCAGUACUAAAAGAUGGUUUGACAACUGUGAACGAUAGUGAUUCAACGAACGGAAGGAUUUCGAAAAUGUUGCAGUGUUUUGUGAAUUUGUCGGACAAAGGCAGCGAGGCUACAAGGAACGAAUGUCAUGACGCCUUUUCGUCGAUUUGGAUUUCAGCACGACACCUGCUACUUGGAGAUGACAAUGAAAUUGGAGGUAUUCGUACAGCUGAAAGUAAAAAAUCGAAGAAAAAGCAAUGGGAUUUACAGACUUUAAUGCUCGGUGCAGGAGUGAAGCUGAUAUUGUUCUUACCAGUUUUAGCAGUUCUAACGGGAAAAGCCAUUUCGCUAAGUUUGACAUCACUGUUGAUCACAUCUUUGGGUUUCCUCUACAGAAACCAAUUGGACUCGUUUGCCAGACGCAAUGAUUCCGUAUGAUAUAUAUUUUAUAUCUACUAAAAUAUAUUAAAUUAUUCAAUAAAAGGUACCUGCUGAACAUUGAUUUUAAGUACAACUAACAUUACACUAUAGUAUAUUGUAAUAUUUACCCCGUGAGGGUAAACAUUAUGACAUAAUUAUUUGUUAUAUAUAUCAAAUUAUAAAUAUAAUAAAAUAAUAACAUAAUCUAAUGUAAAAAUUUAAAAUGUAUUAAUCUUAUAUUAAGACAUUUUAUCCAAUUAAAUAAAGAUUUAUUUAAUUUUUCAACAGACAAAUGCACCAAUUUGGAUAUAACCCAUCUCCAUACAGUUAGAUACUUUUCUGAUACCUUUUGGUAUCUAUUGAUUAGUUUAAUUCAUAUUAUUUAUUUUUAGAUUAACUAUAGUCUACUUCUUAGUGUCAUUUUAUAACGUGUAUUAUACCUAUAAAAUAUGUACUAACACUGCGCAGAGAAUAUUUAAAUGCAAAUAAAUUAUAUUAUUAUAACUAUUUUAGUUUAUGUAAUUUAUAUAGGUUAUAGUUAUAGAAGUUGAAAAUUAAUUUUGCGUUCGACUGUUGUGUAAUUACUUAUUGAAGAAAAUUAA